AUGGCCCCUCUACAGCACUUGACAGGCGACAAGCUUGCCAUCAAAGAGUUUGUCGAUAAAUUUGAUGCAUUCUUAUUUGACUGUGAUGGCGUGCUAUGGUCUGGUGAUACACCCUUCCAAGGGGCCGUUGAGACCUUGGACAUGCUGAGGAACAAAGGAAAGUCGAUUGUGUUUGUAACUAAUAACAGCACCAAAUCAAGGGUAGACUAUAGAAAGAAACUCGAUGGCUUGGGGAUCAAGGCUCAAAUUGAGGAGAUAUUUUCCUCCUCAUAUAGUGCUUCGGUAUACAUCUCGCGUAUCCUAGAAUUGCCGCCUAAUAAGCGUAAGGUCUUCAUCCUGGGAGAAUCAGGAAUUGAACAAGAACUAGCGGCCGAAAGUGUCUCCUACAUUGGAGGAACGGACCCAGCCUAUCGACGCGAAAUUACGCCAGAGGACUAUGCGAAAAUUGCUUCUGGCGACCCCUCGAUGAUGGAUCCGGAAGUCGGGGUGGUGUUGGUUGGGUUGGACUUCCAUAUCAACUACCUCAAACUAGCCGUGGCAUUGCACUAUAUCCAGCGAGGGGCCGUAUUCUUGGCAACGAAUAUUGAUAGCACUUUGCCAAAUUCUGGCUCUCUGUUCCCAGGCGGCGGGUCGAUAUGUGCGCCACUGAUUGCGAUGUUAGGGGGUCCAGGCGUUCCAGGUGCCGAGCCGCUCUCGCUAGGGAAACCUAGCCAAGCGAUGAUGGAUGCCAUUGAGGGCAAGUUCAAGUUUGAUAGGAAAAAAACUUGCAUGGUUGGUGACCGAAUAAAUACAGAUAUCAAAUUCGGUAUAGAUGGUGGCCUUGGUGGAACGUUGGCGGUGUUGACUGGCGUCACGUCGCGAGAGCAGCUUGUUGCUUCGGCAAUAGCCCCCACCGCAUACGUUGAUGAGUUGAAGGAUUUGCUCGAGGGUGCAUAG